AUGGCUGAUCCAACCCCGGGCCUCACCCCCGAGCAGCUCGCCGCCUUCCACAAAGACGGCUAUCUCAUCAUCCGCAACGCCCUCACCCAAGAGACCGUCUCCUCCCUCCUCGCGGAAACGCACCACCUCCUCGAGAGCUUCUCCCUAAAGGACCACCCGCUCACGCGCUUCUCCACCGGCGAAAAGUCCGACCAUGUGGGCGACGACUACUUCCUCUCCUCGGGGGACAAGAUCCGCUUCUUCUUCGAGGAAGACGCCUUUGACGACGCCGGCAACCUGACGAAGCCAAAGGAGCGCGCGGUGAACAAGAUCGGGCACUACCUGCACGCGCUGUCGCCGCCCUUCAAGGCGCUGCUGGACGAGGGCCGGGCCAAGGCAAGGGGGGAGACGAGCCCCGCGGCGGUGGCGCGGACCUUGGGCUUCGCGGACGCGCGCUGCCUGCAGAGCAUGGUGAUUUGCAAGCAGCCCGAGAUUGGCGGCGCCGUGCCGCCGCACCAGGACUCGACGUUUCUGUACACGGAGCCGCCGUCGGCCGUGGGCUUCUGGUACGCGCUGGAGGAUGCGACGCUGGAGAAUGGGUGCCUGAGUUUCCUGCCGGGGUCGCAUCGCUGGGCGCCCAUCGAGAAGAGGCUGGUGCGCAAGGCGGGGGCCGACGGGGGCACGGAGAUUGUGGACAAUGAGGGAUCCAGGUUUCCGCCUGGGGAGGAGUAUGGGGAGGAGAAGAAGAGGGAUGGGGAGGGGGAGUAUGUGCCGGGGGAGGUCAAGGCGGGUGAUUUGGUGCUGAUCCAUGGGAAUCUGCUGCAUAAGAGUGAGCGGAACACGAGUUCCAAGGGGCGCAUUAUCUAUACGUUUCAUAUCAUUGAGGGCGAGGGGAGGAGGUAUGAUGAGAGGAACUGGCUGCAGCCGCCGAAGGAGGGCUUUACGAAGCUGUUUGCGUAG